AUGACUGAAGGCGAUCAAACUUACCUCGAGGGCUGUAAGGAUGAGCACAUGCCUGUUCCCCCAUUCGAUCGCUACAUUUACGUGCUCCCGAAUUGCGUUGUCAAAAAGCCACUGGCUAUAGGUGAAACUGGGUAUCAAGGCUAUAAACCUGAAGUCGAGACCGUUCUUCAGCGUGAUGAGAAUGAGAUCGAGGCUAUGAAGCUUGUCCAGGAGUACACAAACAUUCCGAUCCCACAGGUCUUACACCGUGGUGAAGGGUUUAAUGUCUUCGAACGAAUUCAGGGCAUUACUGUCAACGAGAAGUCCAUUUGGGAUAGCGUGAAUCCUCGCCAGCGGGAGGCAAUCCGUCCCCAGGUUCAAGGUUUCAUACAGCAACUUGCAGCAAUACCGAACCUCACAGGCGAGGUCAGAUCGCUCGUCCCAUCCGGUCAAAUCUUCCACCUUCAAUUACCCAAUGGUGGACCUUUCAAAUCUACCGAGGACUUCAUUAAGGCUUAUGCUGACCACAGCGUACUGGGCGCUAUUUCCCCUGAGAGCAAACCUGUCUUCUCUCACAUGGAUCUUGAUCUAUCCAACGUCAUUUUGCAUCCAAAUCUUGAUAGUGUGGCUGGGGUAAUUGAUUGGGAAAGAGCUUGCUUCUUUCCUGAAGGUGGCAGAAGCGUUCAUCACAUGUGCCAUCAGUGGCCUGGCUGGGGGACACUCUUCGAUGGUCUGGAGUUGUAA